AAGGCCCAGGCGGGGCGCCGGGCGGGAAGGCAGCAGGAAGUGGGGGUGGCCGGAGCGGAGCGGGGCGCGAGUCGCGGGGGCGGGAAGCCGGGCGCCCUCCCCUCCCCCAGCCCGACCGGUCCCUGGCAGGGUAAGGGUGUGAAGCCGGGUGCCCGCCGCCGGGGUUGGGGGUUGGGGGCUGGGCCGGGCCGGGGAGGCCCCCCCUGCUUUCCGCCCCGCGGCAGGAAGGUCCCGGAAGGGAGCGCGGCUCGGGGAUCGCUGGCCCCGCCCCCUCCCGGGCUGCGGACCCGGCCGGCGCCGUCACUCUUCGGUGCCCGAAGGAUGGGCGUGCUCAGGGCGGGGCUCUGCCCGGGCCUCACGCAGGACGUGGUCCAGCUGCUGAGGGGCGUCGGCGUCAGGACAGUGGUGGACCUUGUCUCUGCAGACCUAGAAGAAGUAUCUCGGAAAUGUUCCUUGUCUUAUAAGGCUUUAGUUGCUGUGAGGAGGGUAUUGCUGGCCCAAUUUUCAUCUUUCCCCUUCAAUGGUGCUGACCUCUAUGAAGAGUUCAAGAGCUCCACUGCCAUCUUGGCCACCGGUAUCGCAAGCCUGGAUAAGCUGCUGGACUCUGGCCUCUACACUGGAGAAGUCACAGAAAUCACUGGCGCUCCAGCCAGUGGCAAAACCCAGGUGUGUCUCUGCACAGCUGCCAAUGUGGCCUACAGUCUGGGCCAGAACGUCCUGUACGUCGACUCCACGGGAGGUCUGACAGCCUCACGCCUCCUCCAGCUGCUGCAGGCCAGGACCGAGGACGAGGAGGAUCAGGCAGGGGCUCUGCAGAGGAUUCAUGUGGUACGUGUAUUUGACAUUUUCCAGUUGAUGGACACGUUGCAGGACCUCCGGGGCAGCAUCUCCAAGCAGGUGACCAAUGCUUCAGGGCCGGUGAAGAUAGUAGUGGUGGAUUCAGUCUCUGCAGUUGUCUCCCCUCUUCUGGGGGGCCAGCACAGUGAGGGUUUGGCCUUAAUGAUGCAGCUGGCCCGAGAGCUCAAGACCCUGGCCCGGGAACUGGGAAUAGCAGUCUUGGUGACUAACCACGUGACCAGGGAGUGGGAGAAUGGGAAGCUCAGACCUGCCUUGGGACGAUCCUGGAGCUUUGUCCCCAGCACUCGCGUGCUUCUACAAGCCUGGGAAAGGUCAGGAGCCCCAGGGAGCUGCCGCAUAGCCUCUCUGACCAAGUCUCCACGGCAGCCCACAGGAAUCCAGGAGGUAAUAGAAAUUGGAGUCUGUGAGACUCCAGAACAGAACUCUUCAUUAGAAGGGAACAAACUAUAACCAUAUCAUCUCUUUGGAAUAUGAGAAAGGCUCGAAGACUCCCAGUCAUCCACUUCCAGAGAGGAAACCAGAGCAGUCACAGAGAAGACAAGAAGGCAUGGAAUAGUCUGUAUAGAGUGCAAGACUGGCUCCGAGGAAGGAAGACCUGCUUCUGAUAGUGUGAACAUGGGCAAAGGAUUUUACCUCUCUGGGCCCCAGUUUUUUUCAUCUGUAAAAUGGCAAUUGGUUAGAAAACCUCUCAGGUCUCUUUCCAUUCUAAAUCUAUGAUCUAUGCCCUAUGUAACCGCUAAAGUAAAAGUGGCCCAGCAUGAGGGAUCCAGA